AAAAAUGAUAGAGAAACGAUGUGGCGUCCAUUCAUUUUUUUUGCAAUUCUCAGUUGGAUUCUAAAUUCCAACCCAAUGGGGGCCAAGUCCAAACACCCCAUUUAUUCAAUCGGGUGAGUCCAUCUUCUUCUAGUUCCCCUUCCUUCCGGUUCUGCAACCAUAAUUUAUUAAAGAUUUCCGUGAUAUUGGAUCAUGAUAUUCUUCAAUGAACACGCAUAGACCUACUGAAAAUUUUUCCAUGAAAACCCGGUUGCAGAGAUGCCAAUUAUUCAGUGAUUACGAAGGAUUUUAUUGCUUGUACCCAUGGCCAUAGCCAUGACUACUAAAUGGGGGUCAUUGUCUUUCAAAUUGGUGUAUUGUCCCUGAACACCCAUUUGCGUUGACUGCGUAUUUCCAAGAAUUUGAUAGCUCAUCGUGGCACGGAAUGCCAAGAUCACAGAUUCUGGGCUUUGAUGUAUCAAAUCUUGUAAUUUCUCGGAAAACCCAGUUGUGGUGAAUCAUGUUUUUCACUUGAUGGUUGAUGUGUGGUUUCUGCUAAUGCAAAUGAUUGCUGGUUGGGGAGUCAUAGCCUAUUGGCUUAUGCCAUUUUUAUAAAAACCCAUUCGUGUGACUGUGUUUUCGACCGACUAGCAGAGACAUGAUUCACGGUCCUCAAUGUUGUCACCCAUUUGUGGCAAUGUUUGAAUCAAUUUAUCAUUUGGGUUGUGAACCUUACAUGCUUUGAGUUAGGGUCUAUGAUGGGGGAACAAGAAGCAGUCGAAGAAGAUUCAAUAGCACAGAAGCAUGGGGGAACCAGAAAGCUCACUAUGAUGCCUCUGAUAGCUUUGAUCUUCUAUGACGUCUCUGGAGGUCCAUUUGGUGUUGAAGACUCUGUAAAAUCGGGGGGACCCUUGUUAUCUCUUUUGGGUUUCCUUAUUUUCCCCUUAAUUUGGAGUAUACCAGAAGCUCUGAUCACUGCAGAGCUAGCAACCAGCUUCCCUAGCAAUGGAGGCUAUGUACUUUGGAUCUCUGAGGCUUUUGGUCCCUUUUGGGGCUUUCAAGAGGGUUUUUGGAAGUGGUUCAGUGGUGUCAUGGACAAUGCACUUUAUCCUGUUCUCUUUCUUGAUUACUUGAAGCACACCUUCCCUAUUUUCAAAAGGACCAUAGCUAGAAUUCCCGCUUUACUUGGGAUCACUGUUUCUCUCACAUAUUUGAAUUACAGAGGGUUAGCCAUUGUUGGCUUCACAGCAGUUGGGCUUGCAACGUUCUCUCUCUUGCCAUUUGUUGUGAUGGGUUUUCUCUCUAUACCCAGAAUUAGGCCAAGCCAAUGGCUAGUGAUGGAUCUGAAGAAGGUGGACUGGAGGGGGUAUUUUAAUAGCCUGUUUUGGAAUUUGAAUUAUUGGGAUAAGGCAAGUACUCUGGCAGGGGAAGUUGAGAAUCCUAGCAAGACUUUCCCGAAAGCCUUAUGUGGGGCUGUUGUUUUGGUGGUCUCGUCAUAUUUAAUCCCUCUUCUUGCUGGUACGGGUGCUUUGAAUGUGGCAACGAGUGAAUGGAGUGAUGGGUAUUUUGCAGAGGUUGGAAUGUUGAUUGGUGGUAUUUGGCUCAAAUGGUGGAUUCAAGUCGCAGCUGCCAUGUCAAAUAUGGGCUUGUUUGAGGCAGAGAUGAGUAGUGAUGCCUUUCAGCUGUUGGGCAUGAGUGAGAUGGGAAUGCUUCCUGAGAUCUUCUCUUACAGAUCAAAGUAUGGAACACCCACUUUUAGCAUACUCUGCUCUGCAACUGGAGUUAUUUUCUUGUCUUGGAUGAGCUUUCAAGAGAUUGUCGAAUUCCUGAACUUCCUGUAUUCUGUUGGGAUGCUUCUUGAGUUUGCGGCUUUUGUUCGAUUAAGAAUUAAGAAGCCGGAUCUUCAAAGGCCAUAUAAAGUUCCUCUGGAAACAUUUGGAGUGAUUGUUCUUUGCAUGCCACCUGCUGUUUUGCUUCUUCUGGUUAUGUGUCUGGCCUCUUUCAAGACCUUUAUUGUUAGUAGCUUUGUAAUUAUACUUGGUUUCUUAUUAUAUCCAAGCAUAGAAUAUGCAAAACAGAACAGAUGUGUGAGAUUUGGUUCCACAUUAGUGCCUUCUAAGCAAGACCAUGAAAUUAUUCCAGUUGUUCCUCAGCAACAGGAUAUUGCUGAUGAAGCAGCAGUGGGCCUCUUGGAAGAAUUGUCUGAUAUUAAGGUAAAGCAAUGUGAUUUGGACAUGGACUUGAAAUUUGAAUGAAAGAUUCUUGGUUAAAUAUAUCUUGUAUAUGUGAUUUGGAUAUAAAGGUGAUCCUUGUAUAAAAUUAUUUCAUUUUCUUCUAUUGUAGCAAUAUUUGUGUAAUACUAUGUACCUGAACCUUUUCCUACUCUUAUGUAUGUAGCAUGGGAUUUGGCAGCU